CCAGAUUAUUUCAUUGAUUCAUCGGUCGAUGAACAAAAACCAAACUUCCGCCUCACUGCAAUUAUUUAGGAUGUGAUUAUGUAAUCCAAAGUCACCGUCUCGCUACAUUAAGUACGUCCAUUACCCAGAUAUCAUCGGAAGUAAAUUGCAGUCCAAAAUCAUGUUCUGUGGAAACAUUUUUGCGUUUAAAAUAUCGUACAGUAUCAGUGGACGAAUGUUCUACAUCAUGGAGAACUACUAUCGAUUUCUUGUGCUUUUUGGCUUAGCCGCUAUACUGUUGCAGUGCGUACAUGGUGAAAUGGACAUGCAAAAACUUUUAACAAUCGCAUCCGAAUGCAAAACCAUCGAAAAGGCUACCGAACUGGACUUUGUCAAUUUAAAAAUGAAUGUUAAGCCGAAAACACGACCAAUGAAAUGUUUGACGGCUUGUUUGAUGGAAAAAGUUGGCAAAAUAACAAACAGGAAAUUUAAUUCUCAAGAUGAGAUCAAGAAUGUGGAGAAAUCAACGAAAAUUCCGAGUAGAAUGCAAAAAACUCUGACCGAAAUCGUUACUGAAUGUGCUAAUAUCAUGGAACCGGACCGAUGCGAAUAUGCUUCGAAAAUUGCUGACUGCUUGAUGGCUGGUGCUGCUAAGCGUGGUAUUAAAUCACAACGAGGAGGGUUUUAAGAUGAUUAUUUUGUGGUUGACCAAUGCACAUGAUUAUUUGAAUUUACUUCGCACUUUAAAAUCAAUAGCGUUUUAGUCAUAACUGGAAAUAAAAAGA